AUAUUACCUUUUCAAACUCAAUGCACUUUAUGAGUACAGUUAUUGGUGUUAUAUAACAACAAACUCAAAGUUUAGAGACUCCACGUGGUAUAUGCUUAACCAAUACCUAGGUGUUCCGCUUCAGUUGUUUGGUUAUAAAUGUUGUCGUAAUUUCAUGGAGAAAAGGGAAGCGAUUUGUGACAUAAGAAACGAAAAUAUCUGGAAUAUUUAUCAACUCCUGCCAUACUACAUUGGAAUAAUUGCCAUGGCGUAUUUCCCUCUUGUUGUUGUAAAGAUAGGAAAACAUGCUAUCGAUUCUGGAGAAGAGUUAGAUAAUUCAGGUACCCAACUGUUAAGUCUAGAAACUAAAGAUACAGAUUUUCUGUUUCUAAAACAAAGGGGACCGAUAUCCAUUUCCAAAUUAUUGUUUGGAUUAUUUGGUCUUGGUGAUAGACAUCCGCUCCUUGUCUCAAGAAUAAGAAGAACAAUGUUUGUAUUGCUAACUCCGAUCAUUGUGUAUGUAUUUCUCCUUGUAUAUCAUGGACUUGGACAAGACCUCAUCAAGGAGAUAGUCAAGCAUAAAAUACCAUGCGGUUUCAUGUCACUUCUCGGUGGAUUCACAGAAAGCAGGGAUUUAUUUCUUCCAAUGUUUGGAGGCCCAGUAAUAUCCCUUAUUCUAUACAACAUUGUUGGACUGAUUGUAAUAUUGGUUCCCGUAGAUCUUUCUAAAAUUUUGGAACAAGGUCUACCACCGGACACAAAGCCAUUUUCAACUCUUCUUAUGCUAGAUGUAGCCACUAUAGAAAAAUUCUCAAAAAAGCACUGUCGAAACUUCAGUAGAUAUAGAAAAGUAUAUUCAGUGAUGCGAGGAUCUAUUUACAUGCUUAUAAAUCCAGUCUUUUUGAAGUUCAUAACUUUAUUUCAUUUACGUAGAUGGAAAUCCAUUAUGAUGGCUUUAUGCAGUUGUUGUCACAUGAAAAGAUGCUUUACGUUUUUUGUUCGUAUGCCAUUGUUUAUUAUUUACAUCUUUUGGUGUAUAGUUGAAACUCUGUUAUUGUAUAUUUUCUAUGGGUUUCCAAUUUUUCUCUUCAUUUUGUCAGUCGUGCGAGGAUAUGUCCGUCAUUUCAAGCAAUCAAACAGACGGAUGCUAGUAGUAUCCAGUGUAUGUGCGUUUAUAUUAUUUCCACUUUGUUGCCUUUUCUAUUUCUUUAUGUUCAUUAUCAUAAUUCUGCAAUCCUUCACUAUCAUUGGCUACUUUAUAUUUUUUCUUUACUUGUCAUUGAUCGUUUUUCCCAGUCGUUCAUUUGGAUUUAUCUAUUUUAUCAUUAUGUUCAUUUUAUUUGUACAUACUGUGGUGAAAGAAUUUGAAAACGAGUAUCAAGCAUUACUAGAGUUUACAAUCAAAGCUUCGGAAAAACUCGUUAAAGUUAAAAUUGCGAAAGAACUACUCGACCAUAAAGCUAAAAACAACAGUGGAUGCUGUGCAACCGAAUGUUUGGCCUUGACAAACACAAUUCCUUUAGGAAUGUCUUAUGAAUCGUUGUCCAUUCAGUACGGAUUUCAAAACGAUUAUGUUCUGUACAAAGGACAGGUGCCAGGAGUCAGAAAAGAUCUGUUUGAAUACAUUAUUGACAAAUUUCUACCCGUUCACAUAGCAUUUUUUCAUAUAAUAAUUCAGAUUCUGUGUGUGCAGGUACUUGUAUUAGUAUCAAUUAUCUUCAUUUCAAGAUACAUUAAAAACUUUACAUCGGACGAGUCCAAUGAAGUCUUGAACGUUAUGUCAGUUGUCGUCGUUACCAUGUUCCCAAAUCUUAUUCGUCUGCUUUUCGUGCGAGUGCACAAUAAAAAUGUUCGGAAAAGGAAAGUCAGACAAAGUAUAAUAGACUUCUGGGAAAAGAAAAAGAAAUUUGCAAUGGAGAAUUAAACAUGCUGAUUCCUAAGUAUAAUUCAAUUAAAAACUUUCAAACUUUUCCAAAUAGAGAGACUGUGCGAGAACCGAAUUUAUCAAAUAAUCUCUUAGAAUAUAAAGUCAAAUUUUAGUGUGUAGACAAUAAGAUCUAUAGGCACUGACUAGUGACAAGGAAGUUCUCCGAAUGAUACAAGAUGGAAAGAUUUUUUUUAUGAAAAUUUUCGGAUACGCUCGAACUUUAGUUUUGUUAGAAAGUAAGUAACAAAAUGCGAUUUUCGUUUGUUGAUGGUAGUACAUGUGUGAAAACUUAUGUUCAAACUUGUAUCAAAACUGACAAAACGUCAUCAUCACAAUUGAUAAUGGAUUACAUCAACGGGUAUAAAUUCUACCAAAAUCCAUUGCAUGAAAAACAUGAAAACUCCUAAGUUCCAACCUCUACUUGCGAAACAAUUUCAAUAUCAAUUUAUCAAAUUGUAGUGUUUUUUGUUCUAUUGUAUCUUUUACGAAAAUGUAUGUAUCAAUACCAUAUGUUUUUUUUAGGAAAAAUCUAUGGAAUUGAAAUUGGAGAUUUGGUAAUUAUAAGACAAAUUUAAGAACGUAUUUCGCCGAUUGUAUGUGCUUUCUAUGCAAAUGUUCACCUAUUUUGAAAGAAUUUAAUCAGUAAUAUUUCAGAAAAUAAAUAAGAUAAAUUCAUUAUUUUUUCGAUUUUUAGCUAAAAUACAACGAGCCAAAGUUGCAUGCAAAAUUUUAUCAAAAUCUGUAACAUAGCUCAUUUACUGUUUCUUGACCUUAAGUAAAGUGUUAUGUUUCUUUUUGCUUUUUAUAAAGCAUAUGAUUUGAAAAUGUAUAGUUUUGUACAUUCUGUUGUAAAAUAAAAGUGUCAGAUAGUAUAAA